AGAACAAACGAAAAAAUCUAUUCCAAACUUUGCUAAAGUAUCUACAAGAUGCGUCUUAUUCUGCUGUCCAUCGUUGGUCUUUUGUGCCUGGCCUAUUCCUUCGCCUUGAAUAAUAAUGGAGCCAAUCUGGAGGACCUGUUGGGCGUGGCCCAUCACGGAGGAAACCACGCCGAAGAAGGGCUGCGCCAGACUCGUGAUGGCCAUUACGGAGGUGGAAAUUACGGACAUGGUGGUCAUGGUGGUCAUGGUGGCCAUGGUGGUCAUCACGGUGGAUAUGGACACUAUGGUCGCUAGCCUGAAAAUAUUACAUUCAUUUUCCCUUGAUAACCCGUUGUACUGUAAAUAAAAAUGUUUCUGAAACCGA